AAGUUGUUGUUUCAAAAUGGCGUACAUCUGAUAAAAAAGAGAAGAAUUCAGAAAUGAUAUAAAAGUUGCUACGAUUUACAAGCAAAAUAUAUAUUUUGUACGGCAAUUGCUAUCGGUAUUAAACGUUUCAAUAAUUAAAAAAAAAAUCAUUAAAUUACGCCGACUGUAUGUUCUGUUUAUUAAAUACGUCAUAAAGAUGAAGCAGGAAAAACACGAAAAUAGGUGAAAAAUACAUCGUACAAUGCGAAAAAGGAAAGGAAUUUGAAGCGAGUACUACAAUCUGAAGGCAUCUGUUUUUAGUGUUUCUCCACUUUUUAAUGAUACGCUCAUUGGGUGAAAAGUUUGAAAUAUAUCAGUGGAUUAUGAACCAAGCUUCCAACGCAUCUGGUACAACACAUACUACUAUUACUUUGUUGGACACCAGUAGUGCCUCAUUUUCCAUGGGAUGCGUCAAUUCGCUACGUAGUAAUGGGAACAUUAGUAAUGGCGACCAUGGCGAUGUGUCCAGCUCUACAACGCCAUCUCAGUCGCCAGCUUCUUCCACGAGGAUGUCGCCACAAACUACAAACAAGAUCUUCAACUACGAAGACCUAAAGGAUUAUGAAUUCGCCAAUUCUCUCACUUGUGAGGACAUCUGCUUAUCAUUGUGUCGCCAGCUUAAAAUAUUACCUACGACUCGGUUAUUGUUUGGAUUACGAGUCUUGGACUCAGAAAAUGAAUGGGCAAUUCCCGGCAAUAGUUUGAAGCGUGGUGUUCGCUACUGUUUCCGUAUGCGGAUUAAAGUUCCGAAUAUUGAUACCCAACUAAAAAACUUGGAUAAAGAGGCCUAUGAGUAUCUAUAUUGGCAAAUUCGUUACGAUAUAGUAAACGAGAAAAUUCCCGAAAUACGGCAUCCAGAGAAAAAAGAUAGUGUGAUGGGUUUUGCCGUUAUGGAUAUGUCCAUCGAUUUGGAAGCAAACAGUACAGCAGCCGAAAGAUUGGAGAAAAAUUAUAAGCGUGAAAUAAUUGAACAAAUAGAAAACAAUUAUAAACGUUAUCUGCCUCACACACUCUUAAAACAGCACAAAUAUUUUGUGAAAUCUAAAAUAUGUGGAUUUUUCAGAAAUGUACGGGAAAAGAAGAUUGGUUUUACAGAAUUCAAAUUUUAUUAUAUCUCUGAAGUGUGUAAGUUGGCUUCCAAUUAUUUAAUGGAAAUGUAUGUUGCUACUGUAAAUUAUAUCCCAAAUGAUGAUCUGUUAUCGGACCGCUCACUGGCGGUUGGGAACGAUUACAGCGAAAAUGGUGGCACGAGAGUUUUUGUAAAAUUAGACACUCAUGACCACCCAGAGCCUGGCUUGAAAAUUUCACGGGAGAAAGUAAAGUGGACGCUUUUGGCAAAGGUCGAGGAUAUUUUUGCAAUUUGCAUUGAGGGUAGUGUGUGCGCUUAUUUGGAAAUAACCGGAUUACCCCAGGGCUAUCGCAUGCGAUUCGAGUCGCAAGUUGAACUAGAAUCUUUUAUUACAUAUAUAGGAGGUUAUUUAAGAGUAACUGCGAAGUGGAUGACUGAUUUGUGUGCCAACUAUCCAACUCCAUCUUUGCAAAAACUAAAGGAUCUCAAAUGCCAUGGGCCAAUCGGUGGUGCUUUUUCUUUUGCCAAAUUGCGGGAAAAAUCGAAAAAAGGUGUCAGCUGCAUAAUCCGACAAUGCGAAAAAGAAUAUGAUGUAUAUUAUAUCGACAAGAAUACACAGACAUCACUAAAAGGCAGGUUAGGGGAGAACAUAAUCACCACUAAAAUAACCAGAGAAAACAACAAAUGGCUACUACAUUCAAACGAAGGCUUAAAAGCAUUUGAAACUUUGAAGGAUUUGAAGAAUUCUAUUUCGCCACAAAUGCUGUGGCUUCCACCAUCGGAAUAUGAUAAGGCACCACUUCUGCUCAUUUGUUUGCCAAAAAAUUUACAACCAAAGAAGACUGAUACGGAGCUAAGUGAAGCUGAGCUCCGCAAAAGAAAAGUUCAAAUAUUUGAUCGGAAACAUGAUUUACGAUGGUAUAAAAAUACACAACGUAUUUGUGACAAUGGAAAGAUUAUGACAGUUCGCGGAGACUGGGUCCAAGACGGUGGUUGUAAAGACGUUAGUGUCAUGCUAAAAAUCUUUUUGUCGGAAAGUGACCCUAAGGAAUUCACAGAUUUAGCGAGCGUUUGCAGUCAAAUUUUUUCUGCACAAUUUCUUAAGCUGCACGGUUUGACAUUAACUACUCCGUACACCAUGGUAAUGGAGUACACACCUUACGGGCCGCUUGAUGAGUUCCUGCGAAAUCAUAAAGACAAAAUUUCUCUAAAGAUGCUAAUAUCUAUAGUGUAUGAUUUGGUUAGAGGAAUCGUAUACUUGAAAGAGAAAGGAUUCUAUCAUGGAUUUAUUAGAUGCUCUAAUAUGUUCGUGACGAAAUUCGAUCCAAAGUCGAACUUGAUUGAGGCGAAAAUUGGCGAUCCUGGAAUUCAUCGUUCCUAUUCUUACGAAGAUUUGCCGUGGAUACCCCAGGAGUAUUAUAAUAAUCUCAAUGGCGUGCAUGGUGAUAUGUGCGCAGAUGAGUGGGCUUUCGCAACGACUAUUUGGGAAAUAUUUGCAUAUGGUAAGCCCCCAUUGGAAGAACUCGAAUGUGUUGGAAAAUCAAACAUGGUUGCCGAAAAGCUAUUAAUUAAUCGUUCCCAAACUGGUGGCAUACUAGACAAACCAAGUGAAAGUUGCCCAGACGUUAUUUAUUUCACCAUGUUGGAUGGUUGGAGCUUAGACGCUCACAGUCGUUUUCAUUAUCAAGAAAUCUUUGCGAGAAUAUGCGCCAUCAAAGAGAAGGGCACGUCUAACUAUGAAACAGUUGUCACCGAAGUAUCUGAUGAUUGUUUUCUGUAUGAUAGCGAUAUGUGCUCAUCAAAUGCUUUAGAUAAUGGAAAUAGUGGGGGCGGUGACACUUUGUCAGAUCACUCAACCACACCAUUUAUUCCCGUCAGUCAACGAUUUCAACCUUUUGGUAUGCGCCAUAAUCGACCCUAUGAUGACACACAAUGGGUUAUAACCUUGCCAGUGGGAAAAGUGAUCAUUCAUGAACAAAUUGGCGAGGGACAUUACGGUACUGUGCAUUUGGGCGAAUUACGUUACAACGAACCAAAUACAGCGCCAGAGGAAGUGGCAGUUAAAUCAUUAAAGACCGGACCUACGGCGAACCCAAAAGAUUUCUUACGGGAAAUAAAGAUAAUGCAGUCCCUGAAUCAUCCGAAUGUUGUUAAAAUUAAAUAUUCGGUCAACGAGCCUAUUUCUAUUAUAAUGGAAUACGUAUCUGGAGGUUCUUUCCAUGUGUAUCUAAGAUCUCAGAGGCCUAAUUUGACCAAUGAAAGGCUGUUGCGUUUUGCCAGUGAUAUUGCUAAGGGUAUGGACUAUUUAGCGAGUAAAAAGAUUAUACAUAGAGACUUGGCAACGCGAAACAUUUUAGUGGAUAAGGAUCGUGUCAAAAUAUCAGAUUUUGGAUUGGCACAAUUCGCGAAUGCAGAUGGUUACUAUCUCGUAGCGAGCCAGCGGGAUAUACCCAUAAAAUGGUAUUCGCCGGAGUCUAUAGCAUACAAUAAAUUCUCACUGAAGUCAGAUGUUUGGUCCUAUGGCGUGACGUUGUUUGAAAUGUUUUCACGUGGGGAAAUGCCGAAUCUUGAUCCUAAGCGGGAAAUAGCUCAAGAGGAGUUUUUGCAGCGACUGCAGCAGGGUGAAAGGCUUCAAAAACCAGAUUUAUGCCCACAAAUUGUGUACAACAAACUAAUGCUACCUUGCUGGCAAGCUGAUCCGAAAGCGCGACCAACCUUCGCCAUGCUGCUCAACGCUAUACAGACAAUCGAAGAAAGAGAAGUCGUUUAAAAUGAAUAACCUCUGAGCUAUUUAUCUAUGUCAACACCUUUUCGAGCAUCUUCUAUUCACGUUUCGGCGACAGAUAGUUUAAUUUAUGCAUUCUACUUGUGAUUAGUAUCAAGGUUUACUUGCAAUGGUACGCCGCGGCGAGUUUUACUGCAUGUAAAAGCUUUACGUUAAAAGUAAACAUUUAAACACGUCCCUUCUAUUCGCUCCAUCGAAAAUUUGAACAGUAUAUAUUAAUGGAAGUGAUCCCAUAAAAAAGCGAGUAUUUAGCUCAGCUGCCAACAACUGCAUGUGUGUAUUUAGAUCAUUUGAUAAAAAAUUCGAGCUUACAUAUCUACUAAGUAUGUGGCUCCUACUCCACGGUGGACAGUUCAAAUAUUUUUCAUCACAUAUAACUGCCAGCUCUCCUCCUACGUUAGUAAUACGUCCCCUUUACUUAUUUUAUUAUUUUUUUUUGUUUUAGCCAUACGCUGAUUUGACCAGAUAACACGAUAUGACCUAUGAAGAGCUGCCAUAAUUUCUUCCAACUUUGAAAAAUAAAUUCGUUAAUUGCUUUGCUAUAAAAGUUACUAUGAACAUAUUAUAUGUUCGAGUCCUUUUUCAUAAUUUGAACUGAAAAUCGAAAUGUGUAUUAGCUUUUCAGGUAGUAAAGUUGCUAUUACUAUUCACUUCCGCUUAGCCAAUUUAUAUACACAAAUGUAUGUACAUAUAUACACAUAUUCGUAUAUUUUCAUUUGUAAGUUUUUAAGUCCAACUAAGUCUAGGCCUAUAGCUUAUAUAUGUAUGUAUAUGUAGUUAAGAUUUGCAUUUUUAUUGAAGUGUAAGAAUAUAUUUGCAAUGUUGUGUCUUAGUUUCCUUAGAAUUAGUUUGGUUUAUUUACGUUCAAUUUUACCAGAAAAUUGUUUUAGUAUAACACUCGUAUGAUAUACAUACAUACAUAAAUACAUUAUAAGGACGCCAUAUCUAAGCUUUUGUGAAAUUUUUCUUCGAAUAAAUUUAAAAAUGUUUGGAAUAA